AUGGGCAGCAGCACUGCAUCAGAAAACACGAUAAACACAAGUACAGACAGCUCCAACACAAUCGUAACGACAGUUACCGCCACAGACGGUGAAGCAACCGAAGACAGCCUGGACUUUCCAGAACUCGAUAUAUUCGCCUCCGAAAACAUUCUGGACAAUUCCAAGAUGCCCAACGCCAUACUGGAACCGAUACCAGUAUCCCCCAAAACUCCCGCAACUGCCAAACAGAGAACUCCUCCCACCGGCAAAAGAACAGACACCAAGUUCACCUUCGAAGUCCACAACUCGAAGAACUCCAUGCCAAUGGAGGAACUCACUCCCAAAAGAGACGAUAGAUUCAUCUACGACAAUGACACCUAUUCACAGAAAAGUACCGUAGACUCCUUGAUGGAGGAGCAGAUAGAAGCAUUGAAGCUCGAAGCUAGGAGGAGGAACAGCUACAGGCAGGCGGCGCAAAACCUUGACGUGAUUGAGGUUAUGAGUGAGGAUAGGAACGGUUGCCAGAUGAGCCCCAAGGAGCACAGGAGGAGCUUCAAGAAGAAGCUGGAGGUGGGCGCCCACUUGGAGGCUUCCUGCCCCUCCCCGAUCAACGUGACCACCAACCCGCUGCUGGACCAGGUGCAGCCGGGCGGCAGCAGGAAAGCCCCGCAGGCGACGAUAGUCGUGCAGCAGCCGUCGUUGAGCGUCGAUCACGCGCCGGUCGCCACCGUCCUGCUGAAGAACGGCGCCGAUUUCGUGUCGAACGUGCAGCAGGAGAGCAAGAACAAGAGCAAGUUGAAGGAGGAGAACAUGAAGCAGCUGCUGGAUCGUCGAAUAGGCGCCGGUCGCCAUCGCCCUGCUGAAGAUGGCGCCGAUAUCGUGUCGAAUGUACAGCAGGAGACUAGUUCCUGCAAGAAUAAGAGAAAAGUGAAGGAGGAGAACAUGGAGCAACUGCUAGAUGGGAUUGUGUAG